CAGGCGGGGACAGGAGCGGGACGGGGGAGCCGCAGAGCGAGGAGAUGGGGAAGGAGGUGGCGGUUCCCGAGCACCGGCGCCUCUUCCCCCGGCUCCUGGACUGAAGCACCGCGCUCGGCUCCGGGCCCCGCUGCUACCCCUGGCCCCGCGUCAGUUUUCCUUCGAGAGGUGGGGGCGCUUCGCCGCGCAACUGUUGGGGGAAAAAGCGGCUGUGCCCCGAGAGCGACUUAGCACAAGGUAAUUCUCUAAUGGACCAAUGAAAGCCAACGAUGACAAGUUGUGGUCAACAGUCCUUGAAUGUGCUGAUGGUUCUGCUUUCAUUACUCUUGUCAGCAGCGUUGUCCGCACAUUUUCGGGUCUGCGAGCCAUAUACGGACUACAAAGGUCGCUACCACUUUGGUUUUCACUGCCCCCGUCUUUCUGACAAUAAAUCUUACAUCUUUUGCUGUCACCAUAACAACACAGUAUUUAAAUACUGCUGCAAUGAGACAGAAUUUCAGACUGUUAUGCAGAUGAACUUAACAGGAAACGCAGAUGGAUAUAUGCAUAACAACUACAGUGCACUGCUGGGAGUGUGGAUCUAUGGCUUUUUUGUGGUGAUCUUGCUGGUACUGGACCUUUUAUAUUACUCUUCAAUGAACUAUGACAUUUGCAAAUUUUACCUGGCACGGUGGGGAAUCCAGGGAAAGUGGAUGACACAGGGACAGAGCCGAUGGAUUAACCCUGCUCAGGACCCAAGCCAAGUACAGACACAGCCUCAGCCGGAGACACAGCCUCAAACUCAGCCACAGCCUCAAACAUCACAGACAGUACAUACUUUAAAAGGAGAUGCUUUAAGCCCACCCCUGAUGUCUUUUCAGAGUACAUCUGCCUGAAAAUUAUAUUGAUGUGCCUCAAGAUGGGAGAGGUAAGACCAGACUUCAAGGAGCAGCUUUCAAGAUAAUCAACUAAAUGACAAGAGCUGAAAAAAUCAUGGAUAAGCAGGAGAGAGAAAGGCUACAAGAGGGAGAUUGAGCAAGUCACCUGAAGAGAAACACCAUUCAGACAACUUCUAUAGGCAAACAAUAUAGAAAGAGUCUCCAGAAGAAAGCAGCCUGUAAGCAAUAUUUUAAUUCUAGAUGGAUGAUAUUAUCUCUGAAAGGAAGUAUAAUAUUUGAGGAAAUGCUCAAUAGGAAGAAAAUUAAGUUGCUCUGGCAAAUCCACACAAAGGUGGAAAAAGAUCACAAGACAAACCUUUGGUAGAUAACUUUUCUUUGCCUCCCCAUCCAUCUAUUGCCAUUUGAGCCUAAUCUAAGUGUCAGAAUACUGAAUGUGAGUUUUUCCAAAGUUCUCUGGUGAAUAUUUUGUCACAAUAGGGUAGAUGCUGGCAAUCCCCAUCACUGUUACACAUAUUGUCAUAUUCAUUACAAGGUAAGUGCAGCCCUUUCAUUGAGUCGAACUGCAGGGUAGCGAUUUUUUCAACCUUAAUACACAUUUUAAGAACAUUGGCAAUGAUUCUGCUAAGACAUCAAACAUCUGAGCACAUCUUGGCUUCACACACCCUCCUGAAGAGGGAAGCUUUAUUAAGAAGCAACAUGGACACCCCAUUCCACCCCCAUGAUCCUUGAAGCUGAAAGAGAAACAGAAGAAAAUCAACAAUCUAUAUAUUUCAAAAGCAAUAAUACCAUUGUCCCUCUGCUUUACAAAGCAAUAAUCCAAUUCCCUCAGCCACCAACUGGCUUCAGAGUUUACUGCUCACAAAUCUAAGAAUUCUAUUUGUGUGCCAGAAAGGCAAUGAUGCUACCAAGAGUACUUGGUCACUAGGUUGCAGUAGCCUGACUUAACUUUCCACAGGACAGGUUUAUUUUAAAAUCACACAGUAUCAAUUACAUGAGCAAAUCCUCUGAAAUUCAGUCACUUAAGAUAUAGAUGUGGAGAACCUGGCAAUGGUAACCAAACAGGGGAGUUCAUCUAGGAAUCAUAACGCAAAGUCAUGCUAAUCCCAGAUUAAUCCUUCAUGCCUAGUAUUUUGUCCUGCAAGUCUGAAUAACUUUAAAAUAACCAUAUAUUUUACUGUAUAAUCAACAUGAGGAACACCUUGUCAAUAAAUAACAAGUUUUCCUUUUGUACCUCUUUGAUUUGAGUGCAUUUUAGUCUUCUGUUAAACUCAAAAGGGAUAGACUACUGAGUGAUUUAAUUCACAGCUUCCAGAGUGCAUGAUGGUACGUGACUAAAGCCACGUAGGAAUAAAUAGUGCUGGGGGAGCCAACAAGGCUGGAGACCACAGGAGUGCCCACUCUUCAAAGAAGGCCCAAUCUGAGUAGGGUACCAAUGUGCUCAUGCCCCUUUUCUUUGCAAACCAACUAGUAAAAAAAUGCCGAGUAUCACUGAGUAAGGGCAGGCAACAGCUAAUAUGAAAGAAUUCAAAUGCCACAGGUGGGAGUGCCACCCGGCAGGCAUUAGGCUCCGUCCUAUCCUAGGUAAGCUUAAAGUCCAGCCCAUUCUCGCUCUUCACAGAAGCUCCUGCAUAUGCAACCCUGCGUGCAACUCAGCUUGUAGAGCCGUGACAGAGCUGCCGCAGUGCAACUGGGGUGUUCUACAUUGUGAGAAUCGUAGCACUUCCAGUCAGAGUCAGUACUUUUUAAACCUUGAUUCACACUACACCUAGGAGAUGCUAGUUUUCUAAAAAGAACAUUUCAUCAGGCCAUUGCAGACCCAUUCAAAGCACUUUUGCUGGGAACAAAAAGGACCUUCAGCAAAGACGCACUAUAAGUAGCUUGCAGAUAUUGGCAGACAGUCCGAACUGUUCUCUGCUUGGUGAUGAGCGCUUCAGCAGGGAAAGGGUCAGUGCUCCUGACAGUGGGAGAGCUAACCUUAUGAGAUGUAAGGGCGUGCUAUUAGUGCCAGCUUGCAAGAAAAGCAAAGGAAACCAAGGAGCUGGAAGCAAUGCCAUCCACGCCUCUGCCAGCAUCACGUCUACUCCGCAUUCCCGCAUCGGCUCCAAGAUCCAUAAUCCCUGCAGACACCCAACAAAGUACCUAUCUACAGUAAUCGGUCUUACCUUGGCGCUUUGCAGUAACUGUUUGCUCCUUUUACCUUCUACCAGCACCUACUUUCAUUGUGAGGUGAUGGCCGCCACAGAGAGCUUUGUAAAAAGCUUAUGUUCAUGAAGGAAUUUGUAUUAGAUACUGGUUUGUGUGACUUACUGUAUUUUGUAAGGGUUUUUUUCCCUUUGGGAAUUGUGCGUUAUUAAUGAGCAGUUUUAUGCUUUACUUCUAGUACAUGUAUACCUUGUAAUUGAUGUGCUUUUUGUUCAUUUGUUUGUUUUCUUUCAUUCUCUAUACAGAGCCAGUUAAUAUAAGGUAGAUACUCUCUGGCUGAAAUUCUGAUUUUGCCUACCGAUUAAUUUAUGGAUAAAUCCAUGUCUUUCUUAGCUGAUGAACAAUUGUUCAUCAAUUGUGUUGUUAUAAUCAUGUGAGCGCCUCUCUAGUUUAGCAGAAUAUAAGAUCCUGAGUAAGACUAAUGCUCGUUGGGCCUUAAACUAAAAGGAAACAGCGCACCACAGGUGUUUCCCUACCACCAUUGCUAUCAGCCCUUCUCCCUUAGUGUUUGGGACAUUGUAGAAGAGCAUUGGCUAGACAAACAGUCACCCGAACAUUUCAACCACCUAGGUAGCUGUGCUCUGGUAUUCCUCUGCAUUUACCUGAUCAAAAUUAUGGUGAACCAGAUAAACUGCAAUGAAUUCUUCAGUUAUUUCUGCAGAAAGAGACUGGUUCAAAUACAGUAUCGCUCUAAAAGAAAAGACCUGGACUAAAAGAAAUAUAUUUUCCUCUAUGUCCAUCCUGACAUAGUUGGAAAAAAUAAAGGAUAUAAAAUUAACGUUUACAGAAGUGUAUCAUUCCUUUGUAUGCCCUGUCUAACAAUGGCAGCUGUCUGUCUCGGAGGCUAUUAAUGACCUUCAUGCUCCAGAAGCCUCCUUCCUUGUCCAGUUCAUUUUCUAUCUUCAGUUUUACUGAAAACUGAGUGUCCAACUUCUCAAUAAUUGCUGUGUAUAACAUAGGACAUAAAAAGAUAAGUUAUAAAGCUUGUGCAGGACUUGGUGUUGUAAUUAACCAUCUUUUGUGCCUGGUUAUUGAUCUUACAAAUACACAGAGUGAAAAUAAUCUGGCCUUUUAAUGUAUACUUCAGCAUAUUGUAGCAGCUAUUUUAGAUAACUGGUUUUAAUAGUUUUAUUAUGGCUGUAAUUUGUAUAUGAGGACUGUCCACUUGAAGAAGCUAUGAAGUAACAUGUCAAAGUGAUUUUUAAAGUCAGUUCUAUUUAGCCACCAGUGGUGGUGUAUGAAAAGUAAAGCAACAAAAACAAAACCUCACUCACUCGCCAGGAAGAAACAUCUUUUCUCAGCCUUGAAAAUUCUCUUGUAUAAGACAGGCAUUUCUUCUAGUCCUCCUUUUACAUAAAUAGUAAAUCACUAAGAAGAUAAUAUAUACAGUACAAUAGUCUAUUUUAAUAGUCUGCAGUCAAAUUUUAGGCUAAUUAAGCUAACUAGAAAUUCUAGGGUUACAGUGAUUUCUCACUCUUUAUUAAUACAUUGAAAAUAAUACUGUUUACAUAACACUCAAUGUUUGAAAUCAGUACGUGCCAGUGUCCAGUGAUUUGCUAAUCUAGUUUUUGAUCUAAUUCUGUCCUAUUUUUUGCAGCAUUCUCUAACUUCAUAUUAUGAAUCAUGUUGUCUUUCUAAAGUGAUUGCCAAGUAAACCAAAAAUGUGUUUUACACUGCUAUUGCACUGCUCUUGUCUUUAUAUACAGUAGUUUUUAUAAAGACGUCCUUAGGUUUUAAUAAAUGAGUGUAACGUAAACUAAUCCCUGUAAUAA